AUGAAAGGUAAAGGAGAAAAUAAAAGUGAAGUAUUUACCUUAAUUCCUAUUUCUUCUUCUUCUCCUCCGAUCGCUGCUGCUGCUACUGCUGCUGCUGUUGCUGUUGCUGCUGCUGCUGCUGCUACAGCUUCGGGAAUGAUGCUAGCGUCAUUCUCUAUACCUAUACGUCUGUUGAUCCACUCUCAGCUGCAGGGAAAAAUGAAAAAUGGUAAAGUUCUAAAGAGGAGUUUGGGACCUCAGGAAACAACAGGUAACGGUCUUGAAAAUCUCGGGAACGUCUUGGAGAUCUCGGGGAAAGACUUGGAAACGGUUUUGGAGGACCUUGAAGAACGACUUGGGAAUGUCUUAGAGACCUUGGGAAAUAACUUGGGAACGGUAUUGGAGACCUCGGGAAAUAACUUGGGAACGGUAUUGGAGACCUUGGAAAAUAACUUGGGAACAGUAUUGGAGACCUCGGGGAAUAGCCUUAGAAAAGCUAUGGUUGAUGCAGUAUUAUGA